UCUUAGCCUAACUACAUGUACAUGUACACUGCACUGUGUCGGUCAAGGAAAUGGCAGUACCUGCUUGAAUAGUACCUCCCGAUUCCCAGGCAAAUAUUGAGUGUUAUUCGACUGAAAGGACAUAUAACAAAAUCCUAGUUAUAUGGACAUCUUCAUGGAGAAUGCUAUAAAGAUGUUGCCAAAACUGUGAAACCAGUUUCUCGGUGUCCACACACAGCUGAGGAGCAUGCAGAAGCUGCACAGAAAAUGGCAUGUGACCAAAAAACAAACCAGUGCCCAGAAUUUGAAUAUCAAUGUCUUGUGAAUCCAUUUUUCAAUGGUACACUUGAAGGAUGUGGCCCUGUUAUACAAAUUUUUCAUAAUGCCUGUGCGGAGUUCAAUAUACACAAUGGAUCAGGUGUUAUCCAAGGCAGCCAGAGUAAGGAAAGGGAAUGCCAAAAAUGUCCCCCUGUGUAUCCUUCAAAUAACUCUUACAUGUAUCAAGAAUGUUAUGAUCAUGUAAAAAGACCGACAGAGUCUGAUCCGACUAAGAAGAAUGGAACACUACUAUCAACAACACUCAUGGUCACACGGCAACCAACCAUUCCAACAGAAAACAAGGAAGAUAAGUCAUGGACUGAUGUAACCAUGGCUGUUAUUAUCAUGAUACCUGGAUGUUUAGUUUUUGGAAUUGCAUUCAUGGUAAUCAAAAGGCAAUGCAGAGCAAAUGGUACUCCUGUGAAUCAAUCCGAGUCUGAAGAGGAAUCAGUAGGACUAGCAUAAUUUGCAGGAGCCAGAAGUGGAAAAGUAAGAAAAUGUAAUUAAUCAGAAUCUGACUACUCUAACCAUUAUAUCAGAGAAUAUUGAUGAUAACAACACCAGUUAGACACUGUCCAGUCUUGGAAAAUCUUUACUCAGGCACAUCAAGCAGACAAACUUUGUGUUUGAAAACAUUGUGAAAUUUAUAUUCUGGGUCAUAUGUUCUUAUGCAAGAUGGGUAUAAUGAAAAACAUCCCUAGCUCCUGAACAUCAAACAAUGAAAAUGAGUAUAUAGAAAUAAUAAGGUAAUCCAUAAACCCAUAUUGUGAUGUCUGCAACCUUUGCCUCAGGGAUAGGUACAUGUAUUUAAAGGGCUUAAUGAAUCUAAUAUAGUAAACUCAGGAUAACAGACAUUCUCCCAGAAUGUUUACUACAUGUAUUUAGUAUUUCCCCUCAGAACAUUUUGCGGACACUUUACUAUACUGUAGAAUCAUUUAAAUUCGUGGGGGCCAAUUUUCGUGGAUUGCUGAAUUUUUACGGGUUUGUGGGGACAUACUUUCGUGGAUUUAUAUAUUUGUAAGAAAGAUAACUCUGGAAUGUUUGCUUUGUCUUUAUUCGUUGAGGAUGUAAAUUCGUGGGUGAGGGGUACCCACGAAUUCCACGAAAAUUGAGCCAUCACAAAUUGUAAUGAUUCCACAGUAUAGUAAAUGUACUGUGGGGUGGGGUGGGGGUGUUAGAGUGUUACAAUAUUACAUAUUUAAUAGCAAACAUUCUCCAUGCAUUGUAUAGCCCCUCCUCCCCCAAUACUUUGAAACUAUGCAAAAUCGUGUUAAUUUUUUAAUUAUUGCAUAUCAUUCAUCAUAUUCAGUUAUGAUUGAAAUUGAGAAAAAUGUGCAUGCUUUUCAUUUGUAAUAAAAAAGAGAUGUAUGAAGCAAUUUUGGGAAGACAAUUAACUGUGAUGGUGUUUGUGUUUUAGAUGGAAUUUCUUAUCUCAAAUUUUUAUUUGUUUGCCAUUUGUUUUACAAUUACGCUUUUUGUAUUUAUUAUGUUAUUACUCUGCUAUUGUUGAUGUAUGCCAAUUUACCGCAGUGGAAGAAAGUUAGAUAAAAGGUCAAGGUCAGCCCUCGUCUCUGCCUACUGUUACUUUAUGACUUUCAUUAUUGUUGCUCAUCCUGGUUUGAAGGUCUUUCGUAAACAAUCAAAAAGAAGCUGCAGAUCUUGCAGAAUAAGGCUACUAGAUGUAUUCUGAAUUUGGAACCUAUGGUCUGUAAGACUUUGGAUAUAUUAUUUGAUUCUUUAAAUAUGCUACCUGUAUCUGACAAGAGUAAGGACCUAUUCUAACCCGGAUCUCCAUGGGAAGUUUUAUUACAACACCAUCUUAGAUUGAAACUCGCUCCCUAUUAACAUCAAAGGUCAAUUUUAAAAUAGCAGUCAAACAACAUCAUUCAGUGACUGCUAAAUCAAGAGAAAAUGGCUUGUUUGUAUACAUUGUAUAUAUGCUUACUAUAUAUAGAUAAAGUAGCUUUUGUUCAUCUUAAAGUUUUAUAUAUUGUUUUUGACUUGAUGAAUAUAGGCAUUUAUGUGUAUGACUAUAUACCAUCAUUGAUAGUUUUAUUUUCUCGAUAAAUUGAAUGUGAUAUGAUCUGUGAUAACACCUGGUCUGUGAUUUUGUAAUGCGUGUGAAAUGUAUUUAUUAGUAUUUGUACAAAAAUCCAAUGAUAUUUGAUGUAUAUUUAUACAACAUCAUCCUAUUUUUACAAUGUAAAUUGUUAUAUAAGUCAUGCUUUGUAUUACCAGAUUUUAUAAGAAAAUGCACAACUACCACAUCUUUUAAAUCAGCCUAUCUCAAACAUUAUUUUGAUCCUCAAUGAUACCCGUGUGUUUAUUGUCUCUUUUCAUUUAGUUCUUAUCUGUAUGCAUAUAAAUUGUGAUAUUUCCAUGCUUUGUGAUAUGUUCUCGAUAUGUUUUUGUUUUAUUAAUAUAUAACUAAUUGUGCAAUCCUGUAAAAAUAAAGAAUAUUGUUAUUAUUUGUCUGAAUGAG